AACUUUUAUUUUUAGGUGGCAUAUGUCCGUGAAAGGCUGCCUCUCUUUCAAAAGGAUGAAGACCCAUAUAUCGGAUUUAAAAAAAAUAAAUAAAGAACUCAAGAUUUAUCAGAGCGAUUACCCAAAAAGUUUAACUUUCUUCACUCAAGCACCGAUGAGGCAUUCAACAUUUGUGAUGUGUCAAAGUUAAUGUGUGUUCAUAGUCAAAAUCCACACAGCCCUGCAGGGGCCAAUUCUGUGCAGCGGUCCACGCGUUGCCUUUAGCGUACUCCUACUAAACAUCUGGCUUUGACUGCAGCAGUCCCGUCAGGCUCAAUCCGUUAUCGUGGGCCCGUUGAGGUCAUUGCGGCGGCGUGUUCGGAGGUUCGCGGCACUCUCGUCAACAGUGGAGACGUUGUACGGGAAGCUCAGUGGCCCUGAGCAAAGUGCAAAGUCUACACCCCCUUUCGCUCCACCAGCAUACGAGGAAUCGCUGAUCGCUUCCAUUGCAAAAUUAGAGCUGCAGCGCGUCGCCAGCUCUCAAGCGACUUCGUCCCGGCCGGAGAAAGAGACGGUGCUAAGUCAUUUAUUGCUCAUUUAAUUUGUCUAACUUGUGAGCGGCGGCUGCUAGAGGACCUUCGCAGCAUGAUUGUGACCGUGCUCCUGCUUCUGGUCGCUCUGUGCGCCCGGGGAGGGGAGGCCGAGGAACGAGCCGCGGCCCCGGGGGCCGGCCAUGUUUCGGUGGUGGUAGUGGGAGGCACGGGGGACCUGGCCAAGAAGUACCUGUGGCAGGGCUUCUUCGAGCUGUACGUCCAGCAGGUGGCAAGCGGAAACUCCUUCUCCUUCUACGGCGGGGGUCUGUCCCCCGCCGACGUGGCCACGCCGCUCCUCUUUGACAUCCUGAAGGCCGUGUCCUGCUCGAAGGACGCGUCGGAGGAGCGCUGCGCUCUGCUGAGAGCGCAGUUCCUGCGGCUCGCUCAGUACCGGCAGCUGAAGACCCUGGAGCACUACCAGGCCCUGGCCGAGCACAUUGGGCGGGAGCUUCAGCAGGAGGGGAUCGCGGAGGCGGGCCGGCUCUUCUACCUGUCGCUGCCGGCCUUCGCCUACGUGGACGUCGCGGACAAGAUCAACAAGAGCUGCAGGCCGACCGGCGGGGCGUGGCUGAGAGUGGUCCUGGAGAAGCCCUUCGGCCACGACUUCAGGAGCGCGGAGGUACUCGCCACUCAGCUCGAGGACUCCUUGAAGGAUGAGGAAAUGUACAGAAUUGACCAUUACUUGGGGAAGCAGGUCGUUGCAAAGAUCCUUCCAUUCAGAGUGGAGAACAAGAGGUUUCUGGAUCCCAUCUGGAACAAGCACCACAUCGAGAGGGUGGAGAUCGUAAUGAAAGAGACCCUUGAUGUAAAAGGUCGCAUUUCCUUCUAUGACCAGUACGGGGUGAUCAGAGAUGUGCUGCAGAACCACCUGACUGAGGUCAUGACCCUGUUGACGAUGAGGCUUCCCACGAAUGUGAGCAGCAGUGAAGAAGUCCUCCAGAAGAAGCUGCGGGUCUUCAGCUCCAUGCUGCCUCUGGGGAAGAAUCAGGCGGUGGUGGGUCAGUACCAGGCUUACCAAAGCACCGUGCAGCAGGAGAUGAAUAGAACCAAAGAUCACGUCAGCCUCACGCCAACAUAUGCAGCGGUAUUGGCACACAUCGACGAGGCCCAGUAUGAAGGGGUGCCAAUCCUUAUGAUCUCAGGCAAGAUGUUAGAUGAACGCGUGGGAUACGCGCGGAUACUUUUCAAGAAUGAUGUCUUCUGUCUUCAGAGCAGCGACGGCGUCCACUGCAAGCCCAAACAAAUCGUUUUCUACUUUGGGCACGGCAGCCUUCAGUAUCCAGCCGUUCUUGUGAGUAAGAACUUAUUCAGGCCCGCUUUGACGAGCGCUGAAUGGAAGGAAGUGACCGAGCACGCGGAUGUCGAUAUCCUAGGUUUACAUAUUUCAGACUAUUAUGUGCAAACCCCCACGGAGCAGAAGGAAGCCUAUUCAGAACUUAUUUCUCACAUUUUUGCUGGAUGUAAAAACAAUUUCGUCAGCGCCGCAAACCUGCUGGCUUCCUGGGGCUUAUGGACACCGCUACUCCACAGCCUGGCCGGCACCCAUCCCCGCGUUUACCCCGGCGGCGCCGACAACCGAGACCUGCUGGACAUCCGCGUGAGCGGCAAAGACGUCGGCUACACCAGCGAGGUGGUGAUCAUCAGCGCCGACCAGAUGGGCGGCCCGUCGGCCAACAGCUUCCAGGUGAUGCAGGGCAACUUCCGCGGGGGCGACAUGGUGUCGGCCUGGCCCGAGCAGCUGGUGGAGAGGCUGGCCGCGGACAUGGAGGCGGCGGCGGAGGCGGCCGUGCGCGAGGGCGGCGUCUUCCACCUGGCCCUCUCCGGCGGGUCCACCCCCCUGGCGCUGUUCCACCGGCUGGCCCUGCAUCACUUCUCCUUCCCCUGGAGCCACACCCACGUGUGGAUGGCGGACGAGCGCUGCGUGCCGCCGACCGAGGCCGAGUCCAACUUCCGCGGCGUGCACGACCAUCUCCUGCAGCACGUGAGGAUCCCCUACUUCAACAUCCACCCCAUGCCGGUGCAGCUCAACCAGCGGCUGUGCGUGGAGGAGGACCGGGGGGCGGCGCAGUACGACAAGGAGAUCCGCGGCUCGGUCCUGGGCUCCAGCUUCCACUUCGUGCUGCUGGGAGUCGGCUACGACGGCCACACGGCCUCGCUGUUCCCCGGCGGCAGGGCGGACGGCGCCGCGGAGGGUCUGGCCGCGCUCACCGAGAGCCCCGUCAAGCCGCACCGGCGCAUGAGCCUCACCUUCGGCGCCAUCAACCGGGCGCGCGCGGUGGCCCUCCUGGUGAUGGGCAAAGGGAAGCACGAGCUGAUCACCCAGCUGAGCCGCGUGAACGACAAGCCGGACAAGUGGCCCGUCACCGGGGUGAAGCCCGCCGACGGCCGGCUGCUCUGGUACAUAGACUACGAUGCGCUUUUAGGGUAGGAGUUGAAUUCCCAACUUUCAAUUCCAGGUCUUUUUCUUUCUUUCUUUCUUUUGUUUUUUCUGAGCCAGCGGGAUCGGUGGGUUUCCAUGUUUUAGUUUAUUUCAUCUUGAUUCAAGUUCACCACAAUGAACGUAAACAAUGACAAUGACCCGUUGUUUCUGAUCACGGCGGAAAACAACAAGAACCCCGCAGUCCUGCCACAGACAGCAGAUAUAGAUUUCUUUAUUUUUGUCACAGGAUUGAAAUACAAUAAAGAAAGAAAAAAGAAAGCUUCUCCGGAUUACACAGCGACCCCAGCUCUUCAAUUGCUGCUGUUAUACCAUCAGGUUUGCAGUCUGUAGUUUGUGAAUGAGUGAGUGAAUGAGUGAGUGUGUGUGUGUGUGUGUGUGGGGGGUGAAAGUUCCUGCCAAUCCAUCAGCCAUCAUUCAGGUUGAAGGAACAUCUUGUGCCAAACUAACUAUUUCCGACAAACCCGCGACUGGUCGCUCAUAAUCCAGUUUGUUUGAUCUCAGGUGAUUUUGUGAAUUCAGAUACGCUGUUUACUUUAUGAUCCACACUUGUGUGUCUUCUAUUGAUCCGCGAGGCAGCGACCCCGGAGAAGUUUCAUCCGCCAGUUGGAAAACACUGCGUGACUUGUCCCAUUCGUCAUCAUUUUGAUUAUGUUUAUUAACCCUAUGCGUUAUUGAAAUGGUUCAGGUAAUUCAAAACAUCGGGUGCUUCGUUAGUAGAACGCAAUGUGGAAAAUAGGUGUGACGAGAGCAGCUUUAUGAAAUGAAAAUGUUGUUUCAUACACUUGGAUCAGACUCCCACCGAGUUUCAGCAGUUGUGUUGCUGUGCCUCUUUUUGAAGCUUGAUGAGCAUCAUUUCAGCUGAGAAGUGGAGACAUUGCCCUGCACCCUGUUCCCUUUUGAAGAAAAGGUCUGUGAAUUGUGAUCAUUACAUUAAAACCAUAUUUUGGCCAGA